GCCGAUGGUGAGUUUGAUGCCUGAUGCAAACCCGAUGAACUCCAACAAAGUCGAAACAAACAAUAUCACAUUAGCAUUCUUCGAGUGUUAAAGACCUAGCUAAUGAAGUAAUGGACUAGGAGAAAUAAAGUUUUAUUAGUGAUUGCCUAGAUUGUGCGUUGAGGAGAGUGAAGGUAAUGAUACAAGCAAGAACUAAGACUGACCAAUGACCCUGAAUUUAAUUGUGGGGUUGAUAUAUAAAUGAGAAGAAGGAAGAAGGUGCAAUAGAAUACGAAAGGAAAAGGGAGAAAGAACUUAUCUCGGUGUGUGUUAUCAUGGUUUUCCCCAAUAACAGCGAAUCGAAGAUUGCAACGAGCAUUUUAGGGUUUUGUAUGUUGUUCCCCGACGAAAUCGCCGGCAAAACUAGCCUCCAACUAGCCAAAUUUCAGGAUAAUGAUUGCCCACUAGCAAUUAUCGAUGAAUAAACAGCCUGGAUGGAGAGGAAUUCCUGGGGAAUCCGUGGAAAUUUUGAGUUGAAAUGAAUCCCCGGGAGAUUCAAUGGAGAGAAAGUAGUGAAGGAAAAAUGGGAGCAGUCAGCCGCCACGAAUGACUGCGCACUAGAGGAAAUGAGGAUUAUGGUUUCCCUGUCCUUCGUUUAGUUUAUACACUGUUGUCUAAUAUGGCGUCGGUUUGGGUGACGGGACGAGAACGAGGUAGAUAUCACGAGAUCCAUUGCCACAUGUUACAUGCUACUCGCGGGUUGGUCAAGCCUACCCCUCUCAAAUACAAGCAAAAGAAUAAUGGAUUUGAUUUUUGAGCAGAUUCACAUAAUCAUUAAUGACUUGUGAUUAUUAUUAUUAUUGUUAUUAUUUUUACAGAAAGAUAGCUUGUGAUUAAUUAGGGGCUUUUGGGUGUGAACUGUUAAAAUUGGGUACUGGGUGUGACAAUAAUAUGGAAUUCUCCUUGCUUUUUCAGUUUUUCUUCUUGGUGCAUCGCUAUUCUCUCUCCUCGUCGUCCUCUCGGUAGCCCCAAAUGAGGAAAUGAUCCAGUGCAUCCGCUCUCUCUCUUUCUCGCGGGUCCCACAUGAUAGCCUUUCUUUUCUGCGUUUCUCUCUCUUUAAAUCACUCGCCUACCUUUCUCUCUUCCCCUUCUGCUUCACUGUGCGCACCAACCCAAAAAAGGAGCAGAAACUAAAAAUCUCGCAGUCCCUGUUGGCUACCGGCGUUUCCAAUCCGCCAUCACCGAUCGCAUUCCUUCUCUCUAUGGAGAAUCCUCAGAACCCUCUCGGCCUUCUCCCUUUCCUCGUCUGAAAUACACUUUCUGGCUGCCUUCCUUUUUUUUUUUUUUCUCUCUCCUUUAAUUCUGGGUUCAGCUCCGGGAAAACAAAAUCAGAGAGAGGGGGAAAGAAUGGAGAAAAAACAAGGGUUCUUCUCGGCUCUGAAAGAUGAAGUGGUUCGUGGGCUUUCCCCAUCUCGCUCGCGCUCCCGUUCCCGUUCCUGCAGCCCUGCCCGAACCGCUUCGCCGUUUUCGGGUCUCCUCCGGCGGAAGAAGGGUUCCGGCGCCGCCAACUGCUACGUGUCCCAGCCGGAGCCGUUGAUCGGGAGAUCCGGAAGCUUGAGGCCGGUGGUUGGUGAGACGCUAACGCCGUUAAUGGAAGGUCCCAAUCCCGACGGGGAAGGGGAGCCCAAGCCCGUCGGGUCGAGUCUGGGCCAGUGGAUGAAGGGUCAGCUGUCGAGGACGCCGUCAGUGGCCGCUGGCGCUGCCUACAGGAGGUCCGAUCUGAGGCUUCUUCUUGGAGUAAUGGGUGCGCCGUUGGCUCCGGUUCACGUUAGCAGCACGGACCCUUUGCCUCUGCUCAGCAUUAAAGACACUCCCAUUGAAACUUCCUCGGCUCAGUACAUAUUACAGCAGUACACUGCAGCAUCUGGAGGGCAGAAGCUGCAGAACUCAAUUCGGAAUGCUUAUGCUAUGGGGAAGAUCAAAAUGAUAACAUCAGAGUUCGAGACGGCCACAAAGGUUGUGAAGAAUCGAAAUGGUGCCAGAGGCGCUGAGACGGGCGGAUUUGUUCUCUGGCAGAUGGAUCCAGACAUGUGGUAUGUUGAGCUUGCAGUGGGUGGUAGCAAGGUUCAUGCUGGCUGCAAUGGGAAGCUUGUUUGGCGCCACACCCCAUGGCUGGGUGCCCACACUGCUAAAGGACCUGUUCGGCCUUUGCGACGUGCACUUCAGGGUCUUGAUCCAAGGAUCACAGCGAGCUUGUUUGCUGAUGCAAAGUGCAUAGGGGAGAAGAAGAUUAAUGGGGAGGAUUGCUUUAUGCUGAAGCUAUGUGCUGAUCCCCAGACAUUGAAGGCAAGGAGUGAAGGUCCAGCUGAGAUUAUAAGGCACGUUCUGUUUGGCUACUUCAGUCAAAAGACUGGACUUCUUGUUCACAUGGAGGAUUCACAUCUGACCCGAAUCCAAUCCAACGGCGGGGAUGCGGUGUACUGGGAGACCACAAUCAACUCUUUCAUGAAUGAUUACAGGCCAGUGGAGGGCAUAAUGAUUGCACAUUCUGGUCAUUCCGUGGUGACCCUCUACAGAUUUGGCGAGAUGGCGAUGAGCCAUACCAAGACCAAGAUGGAGGAAUCUUGGAGCAUCGAAGAGGUGGCUUUCAAUGUCCCGGGCCUCUCGGUCGACUGCUUUAUCCCUCCUGGAGACCUGAGGUCCGGUGCCAUCAGCGAAAGUUGCGAGCUUCCCCUGGACGAGAGAGCGAAAGGCGCCACAUCGAUAGCAGCAGCAGCAUACCGGGCCAAAGUUGCAGCCAUAGAGAAGUGUCACGAUAUGCAGGUGGACAGCAAUCUGUGGAAGAUGGAGCUUUGAUAGUUGGUUGAGGGUUUAACACCAUGGGGGAAGGAAAAUCCAAAUUCCAAAAAGUAGGGCAAUUGUUUAUAGUGAGUGGUGACUAGGUUUCAGCUGUUGACUAACCCAGUUUAGAAGAAUGGUGAUGGAUGAAGCACACUAUUAUUAUAUUAGGUCGUGGAGAGGGGGUUUCAAGUCUUUUGGUCUUUGUUUUGGUUGAGUCCUGGGACUUGGGUUAAAAAUGCCUCUGUUAGUCUGUAAAUAGGAAGGAGCAUAAUCAUCAUUCUUGCAGGUCGUAACUAAGGGCGGCCUGGACUUUGAUAGAUCCUUAUGCUCUCUUAGGUGCAGAGUCCAACCUAGGUGAGUUGGAGGCUCAGUUUUCCAGUUAGGGAUUGUGAGCUAACGGAGGUGGAAUAUAUUUAUAGUUUUUUUCCCACUUGGUUUUCGCCUUCCAUGGUUUUGAGGGGAAGGUGGGUGGAAGGAGAGAAAGGAACCAUUAUCAGCCCCAAGCCAGGCAGGCAGGGCAGGCAGAUAAGUGUAGUAAUUAUUGUUAUUAAUUAUUGCCAUCUUUUGAGCAUAAGAGACUUAGAGAGCAGAAAAGCAGAAGAAAGGGAAAAGAAACUGCUAUUGAUUUUUUCGUGCAGAGCUGCAUCAUUUUGUUUGUUGUUCUUCUGGGCUUGAUGGCGUGGAGAGAUGUAUUACAGUAUUAGCCGUUUCUUUUGGGAAAGAAAAUGCUAGGUUGUUCAAUCAAUAAGACAUGAGGUUGAUAUAGAGUCUUACGAAGUUGUUAUAGUUUGUUUUUCUAAUAUUUAAGAAGGCGCUAGGUAUAAGACGGUUAUUGGAGUGCGUUGCCUAACCAAUGCAUAGGCAUUAGAUGUUCAGUAACUAACAUAAUACUUAACAACAAGAAAGGAAAGUAGCUCACAAGUACAUAUAAUCCACAGGUCAAUAGCUUAUAUAGUUCUUGGGCUACGAAAAAUUAUUGAUAUAGAUGAUCGUGUUUGUAGAUGAUGUUGAUUUCUCCUUUUAAUAUUGACUACCUAGCUCACUCUAAUAUGCGCGCAGACAACACCUAUGUGCUUCCUUACUUCAUGGUAUGUUCUUAAUUUCUAACUUGUUGCGAAGCUCCUAAACAACGAGACGCUAGGUAUAAGACGGUUAUUCUAGGUUGUUCAAUCAAUAAGACAUGCGGUUGAUAAUUACGAAGUUGUUAUAGUUUGUUUUUCUAAGAUUUAAGAAGGCGCUAGGUAUAAGACGGUUAUUGGAGUCUUGCCAAUAGCCUAGGUGUUGCCUAAUGCAUAUGCGUACUUAAGCAUAAGGUUAAGCACACUUUCUAGAACCAUGAUGUUUUUUUGUGUGGAAUUUUCAUUUUCCAAAAUUUAUUUUCAACCUGAAGUUUUAGCAAAAGCAUACACAUUUUCCUCAUUUUUUUUAUUGAAAAUUAGAAUUAAUAAUAUUACUUUUUCUUCUACUAUAUAUUUUUUUCCAAACGUGUUCCUUUACUGUAUUUCAAAUAAGAACUACCCCUCUUCCCAACAUGCCCUUAAAUAAUUUUUUUUUAACAAAAAACAUGCCCUUAAAUAAGGUUGAACCACGGUUGGGUCAUAUGAAAAGAAUCAAUUGAUUGAUUGUAAGAUCGCGUUAAUAAUUUUAGUUUAUAUGCUAUAGCAAGUGAUAUGGUUCGAUCGAUAUACAACCAAUUUAUAUAUUUGAUUUUGACAGAAAAAAUAAAAAAUCAUUAAAAUCGAAAUGAAUUGUGCAUGUAAAUAAUCUGUUUUUAAAACAAUCCACCUAUAAGUUGGUAUUAGGCCUAAAUAAUAAGAUCUAAUAGUUCUAAAAUCUGCUCGAAGUUUUGUUGGUAAAGUGGAGUUUGGCUGGUAACAAAAGCAGCAGCUAAGAGAGAAACACUGAGACAGGGGCUACUGAAUUCUGGUCGGUUAGACUGCACGCAGCUCGUCGCCAAGGGCAAGGAGUGUUGUGUAAGAUUGUGUAUGAAAAUGGGUAGCAGCUAGCAUUGUAAAAAGAUGCCAUUCUGUUCAAUUAAAAAGCUGAGCUCCAUCUGACCGUGAAUGAAUCAAUGAAUAUAUGAACAUGUUUUUUUUUUUUAUCAUACACAACAAGUGGGUUGACAGAAUUUGUAAGGAAUGUCAUUGUUGCUGGAGCGGUGGUGGGCAAAAAGUGGAGGUAUAAUGUUGCUCUUGCUGUGCCUUCACCAGUGGCAAACUGGCAAUCCCUUUUUAUAUAUCUAUUGAUAUCUUACCUUUUGGGAAUGGAUGGAACUCUGAGUACUGUAGGGCUGAAAAUUGGCCCGGCCUGUGUCACUAAUCUUGUCUGACCGUCAUUGAAGAGUAAAGAUACAUAAUUGACAUGUCCUGCUCUUGUUUCUUUCAUGACCUGUCUGACCCUUUAGGGUUGGGACGAGUCAGAAAGGGUUGGGUUAGUGGGUCGAUCCUAAUAAAGUAUACUAAUUUCUAAAAAUUAUAAUUUGGUACUCUAAUUUUAUUUUUUCUUAUAUUUUAGUACCUCCAUAUUAUUUUCUUGCAAAUAAGUCCCAAAAUUUUUAUGGUAAAAUUACGUUUUGGUACCCAAAAUUAUUUUUUUAACAAUUUAGUACCUGGACUUUUAAAACUUUACAAAUAGGUCCAACGUAUUUGUAUGAUGCUAAGAGUCAUAGGGUCAAAAAAUGACCCGGCCCUAAAUUGACCCGACCCUACACGACCCGACCCUAUGUUAACCCGACCCUAAGCUGACCCUGUAUACAAACUGACCCAGCUCGACCCUGAGGGUCGGGGCGGGUCAGUGGAUUUUAAGGGUCAAACUUACACCCCUACUGCGCAGACCUUCCCUGAAGUUAAAGGAUAUUUGUAAAAUCAUAUUGAGGUUGUUGAAUAACAUAAUUUAAUAGUUUUAUACUCUAAAUUUAUAAUGAAUUGCUGAAAGUUAUCCUAAAAUUACUAACCUUCAUUUCAAUGCAGAUGCAAUACAUAAUUAUCUUAUUGGUCAUUUUAAUUUUACAUUCAAAUCACCCACCAAACAACUUAGUCGGCCCUUCUCCCUCGACGAAAAACACCGGCAAGAAACUCGACUACCAGCCUAUGCUCUCCCUCUACACUACAACGAUGAUGAUGAAAUAGCUUCAAAUCCACUUCAGAUUUUGACUCGGCUGGUGGCAAGUUCGUCUUUUAACCCACACUCAGAAUCGCCAACGCCGACGAGAACCUCUUGUGAAAACAAUGCUUCCCUCUUUUUACACGCGGUCUCGUAGAAAUCAAGCUGCAAGGAUAGCUCAUAAACUUAUGUCAAUCUAACGUUUUUGAAUGAAAGAUUUCAAAGAGCAAAGUCGUUCGAGCAUAUGAACAAAUAUGGCAACAAACAACAAUAGAUGAACAAAUACUUAGGUUUGAAUUCUUCUAGUGGUAGAACUAUAUGUGAUUUAUGCAAGUCUUAUCAAAAUUUCCCUAUCUUCUGGGUUGUGAGAAAUAUCCUAGACUAGUGAAUAACUAUGUUAUGGACUCAAUCACUCUUCUAUGUACCUACGUUAUGCACUUAUGCUAAUGGCCAUGUAAAUAACUAGUAACCUAGAGCAUUAUCCCUAGACUUAUCCAAUGGGUUAAAUUCCUGUGCUACAAUACAACCCUUUAUCUUUUAUAAAGGAAGUUGUUUCUACAACCCAAUGCUCAUGCUCAUAUUAAAAAUACAUUUGAUAGAUUGCAACGAAUCGAUGAGUUUAUUAUUCAUUAGUUUACUUGCUUCCGAAGUUAGUGUUGACUUUACUUAUUGUAACUGCCAGCUAUAAAAGAGCAUUUUCAGCUAUGAAGUUAGUAAAAACGAUCUUCAAAAUCGAUCGAGUGACCAAUUUAAGAAUAAUUUAUUUAUAUCGUAAAAAUUUGAUUUGCAACAUAAACGAUGAAUUUAUUUCACAAACCUUUCAAAAUAUGAAAAACAGUAGUGGUUUAUUCUAAAAACAAUGACAUUGUGAAUUUUAUAAACACAUUUUAAUGAGCUUAUUAAUUAAUUAUUUAUUUAUAAUUUUAUUUUUUUCCGGCACACAUAUUCCAAAGUUCUGGAUCCGCUACUGAUAUUUAUAAACUAUCAUGUGUAUUUUGCCAAUAUAAAAGAUAAGUGAUUCACAACAUCUUUGGUUUAUCGAUGCAAACUUUUCCUUUUACCCCCUUCAUUUCUUUUCUUGUUUCUUUAACUUUGCCUUUUUCAGACAUUGUCUCCCUCCACUGAUGUCCAAUUUCUCAACUCUUCACUAUUGUGAAGUCAUCAUGAUGUCAUACCCAUGGCAAUUGGCAUCCACUCUUUUUCUUCUCGAGGAAGCAAGGUAAGGUUUGCUUCACAUUCUGGUCAAAGUUCUAUGCCAGCCUGCUACUCUCCCCAAUCUCCAAUGUCCAAAACUCCACACACAAUAGUUUCUUUUGGUUUUGGUGACAGUUAAAUCAAUUCAUUGUGAUCAA